AUGUUGAUUGGUGUGGGAUGUUUCCCUGUUGCAGAUUUCGGCGUCGUGUUGGGCUGCAAAAUCUACGUGAAAGAGGUGCUUCCCCGGAGCAUAGCGGACAAGGAAGGUGGCCUGCGGGAAGGUGACGUGCUGACGAAGAUCAACGCUCACUCGACAGAGAACAUGACGCUUAAGGAAGCUCGGAAACUCGUCGACAGCGCCAAGGACAAGCUCCAUCUCAUCGUCAGGCGCGACAAGCCGUCACCCACACCCGCCCUGUCGACUGCGAACCAGUAUGAAAAUCAAAAAGAUGUUUCUGAGUGUAAUAGAUUCAAAGUGUUGUGUGAAACACGGAACGAAAGUUUGUCGACAUUUAUCAAGUCGUAG